AUGGCAGCUAAAGUAGGAGAAGAACGCUUUGUCUUUGAGACUGAAUGGUUUGAUGCCUAGGCCUCUUUGAUCAGAAAAUAUCUCUUUACAUUCUACCCAGGAGAUAGAACUAUCGAAAUGUACGAUCUCAAGAAUAAGAAAGUUUUCUUAAAGAGAAUGGCAUGCCCAGGAGUUUCCAUGGAUGAGCUAUUUAUUGGAUCAAUCAUCACUGUCUAUGCAAGAUAACUAAAGCUUGUAGAAUAUGGAGAUCUAUUCACUAGACAAAGAUUUGAGAGCAAAAGACAAAGAACCUUUGCUAUGAUCAAACCUGAUUCAUAUACUAACACUGGGAAGAUUAUCGAUGCUAUCUAUUAAAACGGUUUCGUGAUCAGCAAGCUAAAGAUGGGCAGAUUCAGUAAUGAAAGUGCUGGAUAAUUCUAUGGUGAACAUAGAGGAAAGUCUUUUUAUAAUGGCCUGAUUGAUUUUAUGACAAGUGAUGUAGUCACAGGUAUUGAACUUGUCGCUGAAAAUGCAGUUGAAAGAUGGAGAUAACUUAUUGGACCAACUAAAACUUCAGUUGCUAAAGUAUAAAAUCCAAACACAAUCAGAGCAAUUUUCGGCACUGACGACACAAAGAAUGCUGUACAUGGCAGUGACUCAGGUCCAUCCUGGAAACGUGAGACUGAUAGCUUUUUCAGUCCAAAUGUUAAACAUUCAGCCUAUUACACAAGUUGUGCUGUCUGUGUUAUAAAGCCUCAUGCAGUUGCAAGUGGAGAUGCUGGAAAAAUCAUCGAUAUUAUUCUAGAAGAAGGCUUUGAAGUCUCAGCAAUGGAGAUGUUCACUCUUGAUAAGCCUACUGCUGAGGAAUUUUUAGAAGUUUAUAGAGGAGUGUUGCCAGAGUUUGUAGCACUUAUUGAAUAAAUGACUCAAGGACCAUGCAUUGUAAUGGAAAUCAGAUAAGAAAAUGCAGUCAAAGCAUUCAGAGACUUAGCUGGUCCAAUGGAUCCUGAGAUCGCAAAAAAUCUUAGACCCAACACUCUUAGGUAAUAAUAUUUAUUCUUAAACUAUCGUUAUAGAGCAAGAUUUGGUUUAGACAAAGUUAAAAAUGCAAUUCAUUGUACAGAUCUGCCUGAGGAUGGAUCUCUUGAAUCAGAAUACUUCUUUAGUAUAAUGCAAAAAGAAUGA